AUGGUCGAAUCGAUAAGAUACUUGAAACAACCAGUAUUAAGAGAUAAAGGAUUAAAGAUAAUAAUAAUAGUUAUCGUGAGAGAUUGUAUAGAAAAUGAUAAAGAAGAUGAAACAAUGGACAGAUUGAUAGGGAAUGAAGAAUUAAUAAGAUAUGGUUAUAUUUUGGAAGAUUGGGAUGUAAAUAUAAGAUUUAGGGAAUUUUAUGAGUGGUAUAAAGAAGCUAUAACAGAUUUUAUAGAAUGUAAAGAUAGCACUAUUAGAAGAUACAAAAAUAUAUUAUAUGAAGAUGCUGAAUUAAAAGAAGAUGAGUCAACAGAAAAGAUAGAAGCGUUCAAACAAAAAAUUAGAUUAAUGUUGCACACAAUGCACAUAAGAGUUCGUGAACAUGGUUGGGAAAUUAGCAAGGAAAUAGUUGGAAAAGUUUAUGAUAAGAUUAGGGGGUUUGAGCAAUUAAAUAUAGAUGAAACAGAUAGUGAUGACACACCAAGAAGUUAUACUAUAACAGAAACAGACGAUGGGGAAGAAGAAAAUUUACCAAUUAGUAAGAAUGAAGAAAUGUCAGAUGAGGAAUCUGAUGAAUCUAGUGAAUCUAAUAAUGUUGAAGAAACAGAAACAACAAAGAUAUUCGAAGAAAUAAUUAGAAUGGAUUUAAAAAGAAUGGGAUAUGAUGUAGAAAUAACAGAAAUUGAAAGAAUAAGAAAAUUUGGAGUAACCGCAAAGAUAAUAACAACGUACGAAUUUAUGAAGAAAUAUUUAACAAUAUGGAAUCUUGAAGAUGAAGAAUUAGAUGAGCGAAUAUUACAAUGGAGAGUUGAAAACACAAAAGAAUGCGAAAGAUGUGAAAUUGAAAGAUUAAAGAAAGAAUUUAAAAUCGGAAAAGAAACUUGCAUAGAAUGUGAAAAAGAUAUUGAAGAAGAAAAUCCAACAGAUGAUGAAGAUGAAGUGGAAGAGGAUAUAAAAGGACCCGAAAUUGGCUCAAGUAAAAAAUCAAAAAGCAAAAAGGAAAACAAAGAAUUGAAGAAAACACCUAUAAUACCAAUAAUACCAGUACCACCAAUAAAACCAAAGAUAACAAUGGCAGCAACAAGAGAUGAAGUCAGGGCAGAUCUAAGAGCAGUAACAAGUACUAUGUAUGGUCAUGAUAUUGGGCCAGAUUGGAACAAUUUAGCAGUACCACCAAUAACAUUGACAGGAUUACAAGGAGAAAUUCAAGCGAAUACUAAUGCGAUAGGAAAUUUAAACGCAAAUAGAGGAGCUAUUGUAGAAAUACCAGCAUUUUAUGGUACCAGUGGAGAAGAUCCAGAAGAAUGGGCAGAUAAAUUUGAGGAGACAUUUACAGCGAAUGGUUUAGGGAAUGAUGAUGCACAGAGAUUUAUAAUAGCAAAAGCGAGAUUAAUGGGAGGAGCAGCAGAUUGGUUAAAAACUGAAGGAGUAAAUAUUGCCGAUUGGAAUGUUAAUGGGGAUCAUAAUUUAAGAUUAAGAAGAAGAAUAAUUGGAAAGUAUGCGAGUGAUGAAAUUAAAGAUAGAUGGCUAGAACAAUUAGAAAAGAUUAGACAGUGA